AUGUGGAAACCUGUCUGUGCAUCUAAAGGCCUCCUCGGCUUUUCGGGACCUCGCGCUGCUGCCGCCGCGGUCACCUUUCUGCUGGUGACCGGGAUGCUGGUCGUCAUUGCCGGACACCCGAGCUGCAGAGUCCCGGAGGAGCUUCCAGCUGCGGGGACGAGCGGAAAAGUUUUCUCGACUUAUUUCAAGAAACUGACCCGGGAGAGGCGAGAAGUAGGGGGACCCCCGCGAAGCAGCGCUCCCCCCGGACCGCUGGAGCAUCUCUCCCCGGCUGACCUGUUCAUAGCGGUGAAAACCACCGGGAGGUAUCACCAGCAGAGACUGGAGCUUCUGCUGGACACCUGGAUCUCCAGGAACAUGCCACAGACAUACGUGUUCACUGAUGGAGAGGAUGAGAAGCUGAGGAAAAGAAUGGGCGCUCACCUGAUCAACACCAACUGCUCGCAGGCACACAGUCGUCAGGCCCUGUCCUGUAAAAUGGCUCUGGAGUACGACGCUUUUAUCAGCUCUGGAAAGAAGUGGUUCUGUCACGUUGACGACGAUAACUACCUGAACACGGGCUCCCUCCUGAAACUCCUGUCUCAGUACAGCCACACACAGGACGUUUACAUCGGACGACCCAGCCUCGAACGGCCGAUAGAGGCCACAGAGAGGCUGAGCACUGAUGAAAUGAAGCAGGUGCGUUUCUGGUUCGCCACUGGAGGAGCGGGGUUCUGCCUGAGCCGUGGCCUCUCCCUUAAGAUGAAACCCUGGGCAAGCGAUGGCACGUUCAUGACCACAGCUGAGCACAUCCGCCUCCCCGACGACUGCACGGUGGGUUACAUCGUGGAGGCGCUGCUCGGCGCGAGCCUCAUCCGCUCAGGGCUGUUUCACUCCCACCUGGAGAAUCUGGGACUGGUGUCAGACAUACACAACCAGGUCACUCUCAGCUACGGCACAGCGGACAACAGCAGGAACACUGUAAAUGUGAAAGGCCCAUUUUCUAUAGAAGAAGAUCCCACCAGAUUCAGGUCUGUCCAUUGUCUGCUGUACCCAGACACUCCUUGGUGCCCCGGCCCCUGGCGACUUUAACACCCAUCUAGAGACAAAGACGGAGGAAGGGACGGACUGAUGGAGUAGAAACCAUAAAUAUCUGCCGAUUAUGCUGCUGAGUCCCACCGCUCCUGACUCCGAAGAAUGACUUGAGACAGUUGGAGAUUUGUGUUUGCCUCUCGGCAGCGGUCGGGCUAGUAGACUGACUUUUUUUUUUUUUUUAGGAAGGAGCGCCGUUUUAUUAUUUGACACUUGAACUCUGACCCCGUAAAUUGGGUCUAAAAGCAAAACAUGAAACUGCAGCAGGAGCAGUGGAGCAAAAGCCACACGUCUUGCAUUGUGUUGGUGUUUUUAACUAAAUCAGCGGGCUUUAUCCUCUGCGUGGUGGUCAUUGUAGGAUAUCUCAGCGCAGAGCCCAGUGUGUCAGCAAUGACUCUGCUUAU